UUUCCACCAAAAUCAAACCCUAAAAAAAAAAACAACUGCACAUAGCACAAUAGAGCCUGAAAUUCAAAUUUCCGAUCUUCGAUUGGGCGAACUUUGAUUACCUUUCACGCUGUUGCAGCUCUCCUGUGCAGGAUCUUAUGGAUCCCAAGUUGCAGUCUUCACCACCUGAUACCGAAGAUGCAAAAGUGACUUUUCGCAAGCCUUCGAAUGAUGUGGCUAGCAGGAAGUAUCGUAGGCGUUCGCCUGAUGUUAAGGCAUCGGGAGAUCAUGAGAGUCUCAGAAAUGAUCGCAGCUCCAGUCCAAUCUACAUUAGGGGAGAGCCUGGUAAAGAUUCUGAACAUCGAGAAAGUAGAAAGGAUGAAGGGAGAAGAUAUGACAGGGAUCAGCGUGUACAAUCUGGAGAUUCUGAUCCUCACUCUUCUAAGAAUCCAAAUUCUUACUCAAGGCCUGAUGACUAUAGCAGGCGUGAGAAGUAUUUAGAUGAAGACAGACAUAAUAAGGCUUCUUAUUUGCAAAGGGAUUCUAGGGGUACUUCUCGCUCAGAUCGUACAAAACAAGAAAAUGAUAAUGGUCGGUCACGUGAUUCUAGGAGGCAUUCUGACAAAUACUCCCGUGAUAGAGAUGGUCAGAGAAGUAAGGAUAAAGAGUCAUACCCUGUUUCCGAUAGGAAACAAACUAUCUCGACUUCUUGGGACAAAGAUGGGGAUCACCACAGGAGGGUCAGAGAUAAUCGAGAUGGUGAAAGGGGUUAUGGAAGAAGCUCUGAAUAUAGAAGUGAGCGCACAGAUUAUCGUGACAGGUCCAGAGUACAUGUGAAAGAAUCACUCUUUUCUAGAAGGGAUGAUGAUAAGUAUCACACUAGAGAUAUUGAGAGAGGUGAUCCCGAGGAAUAUGAUGAUCGAAGAGAAAAGAAGAAACAUUCUGAUAUUGACACUAAUAGAGACAAGGAUGCUUACUCCAGAGCAUCAGGUGAACAAAAUGAAGAAAAAUCUGUUUGCAAGGCUGAAUCUCAGCAAUCCAAGGCCAAAAGGACAAAGCUCUUCAGUUCAGAAAAGGCCGUUCAUCCCAAUGGAGAUGAUCUCUGCAUAGCAGGUGAAAAUCAGUCCUCAAGCCCUAAGCAGGUUCCAGCUGCUGGGAAUGUUGCUAUGGGAACUAUUUCUGAAGCUACUAAUGACCUAAAUGCGGCCAAGGUUGCUGCCAUGAAAGCUGCUGAACUAGUUAACAAGAACCUGGUUGGCGGGAGCUUAAUGUCCACUGAACAGAAGAAGAAAUUACUAUGGGGGAACAAGAAGAGCACCACCACUUCAGUAGAGGUAAAGGCCUAUCAAUCAUAUGCUCUAAUUGUAUACUCAGCCUUCUGCAAGAGCUUCCCUCCAUUUGCUUAUUUUCUCGUCUUUUCUUCCAACCCUUGCUACUCUCAUCAGCCAUCUGGUCACCGGUGGGACACUUCAAUGUUUGGCGAUCGUGAGAGACAAGAAAAGUUCAACAAGCUCAUGAGUCUGAGUCAGCAAUGGUACCUAUGGCCAAUUGUAGGGUGUGAAGGGGGACGGGAAGGCGGAAUCCCAGACCAACAAGAACAACAACCAAGAGGGUCUCCAAGUCGAAAAACAGGAGCAGCUCCAGAUGGAGUUGGAGAGGCAGUACACAGCUGGACUUCGUCGACGAGAUGGACGCACGGUUGGAUUGGGACUCUGAUGAGCCGCCCUGUCGCGUUACCUCGCACUCGUGCAGAAGCUCUUCUUCUUGGUAUGUUGGCACUGUGCAGUUUCUCCCUCUACCCAUGCCUCAGAACUAGGAAAAACAUCGAGAGGUGUAGCGAAUCUAUCGAGAUGUGUAACCUUACUGUUCCUUUAUUUGAUGACUUGUCUGAGCUUUACAGACCCUCCAUUCUGCCAUCCUCCAUUUUAUGACUCUGGUAGCGAUACACAUUUUCUCCGAGGAUAUCAUCGUGCUUAUGACGUAAUAGGUUCUUGCAUACGAUCGAGUAUCGACUGUAGAUCGAAUGUUUUAGCGUUACAUUCAAAUGUAUUAGGGUGUGUGAAUUGGUCAUGAAUGGAUGUGCAUAUGGAAAUGUAUUGAUUAUUCUACUUACCGUACUCGGAGGGAAGUCUCAGGGAUUUUGAAUUCAUGGAUUUGUUUUUAUUGAAAUUUAAAGA